AUGAAAAUUUCUUAUAGACUCCUUUUCUUGGCGAUUUACUGGCUGCUUGCCAUAUCCAUCAUCGUCGUUAAGCUUCUUCCGGCCCAGUUCUUUAAUCUAAUCUCGUUCGACGGCUUGUAUCGAAGUAAAGUGCAAAUUGGUCAAGUUCAAUUCUCGGUUUCCAGUGAAAAAGUACUCCAAGCUGUUGUUCUCGACGGACAUGGAGAUGAUCUUCACCGGAGCAAAUAUAGUUUCCCAAUAGUAGCCAAUACGAAAAAAGUCCUAAGCAGAGAACAAAAACUCGAAAGAGCACUCGCCGGAGCAAGAGCCUCGAUUCGCAGGGCAUUAGCUGAUAGGAGAAGCAAUCUCUCUUCGGUGUCCACGGACAACGGCGGUGACGAUUACAUUUCCUCCGGAGACAUAUAUCGCAACCCGCGCUUAUUUCAUCAGAGCUAUUUGGAGAUGGAGAAAAGAUUCAAGGUGUACGUUUACCAAGAAGGGGAACCUCCAUUUGUUCACUACGGUCCGUGUAAAGACAUAUACUCAAUUGAAGGAAGGUUCCUCCAUGAGAUGGAACAAGGAGUUGGAACGUUCAGGACCAAUGAUCCCGAUGCCGCUCACGUGUAUUUCCUGCCAUUUAGUGUGACCUGGAUGGUCAAGUACCUCUAUACCCCUCCCACGAAAGACCUCGAUCCUUUAAGGCGGUUUGUAUCCGAUUAUGUGAGAGUGGUGUCUACUAGGCACCCUCACUGGAAUAGAACUCAUGGUGCUGACCACUUCAUGCUCGCCUGUCAUGAUUGGGGUCCUCAUGCAUCAGAGGGCGAUCCUUUCCUCUACAACAACUCCAUCAGGGUCUUGUGCAAUGCUAACACUAGCGAAGGCUUCAACCCUCAAAAAGAUGUAAGCCUGCCAGAAAUCCAUCUUUACGGCGGCGAAGUAUCACCUAAACUCCUUGCACCCCCACCGGACAAUGCUACGCGUCCCCAUCUAGCCUUUUUUGCCGGCGGACUGCACGGUCCAAUCCGUCCCAUCCUUCUCCAUCACUGGAGGAACCGUGCCAAGGAUCUUCAAGUCUACGAAUACCUUCCCAAAGGCCUAGAUUACUAUUCCUUCAUGCUCAGCUCCAAGUUUUGUCUUUGUCCAAGUGGGUAUGAAGUAGCUAGCCCUAGAAUCGUGGAGGCAAUCUAUGCCGAAUGUGUGCCGGUUAUCCUAUCGCAGUAUUAUGUGUUGCCGUUUAGCGAUGUACUGAGAUGGGAGUCAUUUUCAGUGCUGAUGGAAGUUUCAGAUAUUCCAAGGUUGAAGGAGAUACUCAGUGCAAUCCCAGAGCACAAAUACAGGAAGCUCAAGCAGGGAGUAAGGGCUGUUAGGAAGCAUUUUACUUUGAAUCACCCUGCUAGAAGACAUGACGUCUUUCAUAUGAUCCUGCAUUCAAUAUGGCUAAGGAGAUUAAAUGUGGGGCUCGCAUAGACUUUUCCACGCACGCUUACCCAUCAAGUUUGCUGUAAGCUAGUACGUAAUUUAGUUUUCUGGCCUCGAUCGGUCUCAGACAGGCACCCACUAAUUCCCGUGUAGAAGAGAAUAUAAGUUUUGUGCUUGUGAAGUUGUCGACCAAUUCUCAUAAC